UUCCUAUCGAAUAUUAGUUAUUUUUGGCUAAUUUAUUGUUUUUAUUUUUAUAAAAGUUCAAAAAACUCAUUGCCAAAAUGAUAAACCAGAUUUUAGUUAUCACUACGGCGCUGUUUUGGGGUCUUGGUGCAGCAUCAACGUGGGAUUACUUAGAACAUGGACCUAUCAAUUGGGGUCGUGAAUUUAAAGAUUGUGACGGAAAAAAACAAUCGCCUAUCAAUGUGAGGACGGAUUUAGCACAGACAGAUCCAAAUCUUGGAAUGGUUGAUCGUUCAAUGUUCUCAAAACUACCAUCAUUUAUGGACAUCGCGGAUAAUGGGCACACGCUGGUUGUUGGUGACUUCAAAGGAACUUAUGAGAUUAAUGAUCCGAGUUUGCUUCCCUUCACGGCUGUUCUUGAACAAUAUCAUUUCCACUGGGCUGAAAACGCAUUUGCGACGGGUUCUGAGCACCUUCUCGAUGGCAGACGAUUUUUUGGUGAAAUGCAUGCCGUACAUUUCAAUAAGAAAUAUGGAUCGGUCGCUGCAGCGGCUGACAAACCAGAUGGACUUGCCGUUUUUGCUUGGUUUAUUGAUACCAACAAUCUGCACACAAAUCCAGCAUUUGAGAAUUUAUUACAUCAUGCUUUGAAUGGUGCCCGAGAUGCGGAUGAUCAAGUACGCAUUGAGCCAACAUUCUCCCUUGCGUCUCUGCUUCCUGAAAACCUAGAAGUCUACUAUCGUUAUGCCGGUUCUUUGACGACGCCCCCUUGCUACGAAUCAGUGACUUGGACAGUUUUCAAGGAGCCGAUUCAGAUUCACAUAAGACAGGCAGCCAUUCUAACAACCAAGUUUUAUGAAAACAAAAAGGAACAAUUUUGCUCCGCCAUAACUUUCGUCCAGUCCAGAAACUCAACGGGCGAACAAUUACUAAACCUCUUACAUCGCAUAAGUGAAGAGAAAAUUUACUAAUAAGAUAUAACACACAUGUAUAUUCAAUGUUAAAUACUAGAUCAAAGAGUGAGAUUUGAAAGCUGAUUUUUUUAUCCUCUUUAAAAAUAUAUACAGUAUACUC